GAAAAAGAUAAACUCUGACCUAGUGCAGCCAGUUCAGCUGUAAAGAACAGAUCGUAGAACAGAUUACAAGAUAAAUUUAAAUCGGGUGAACAUGUCACCGAUGCGAGAAAUUUUGCGCGAUUCCAGCGGCGAUUCUGGUUCCGAGUCCGAUAACGCUUCCGCAUCAUCGAGAUCUAGUCGUAGCGGUAGUCGAGCAUCGCAGGCUCCGGUACAAACAUCCAACAAUGCCAGGAGCGAGCACUCCGAGGAUGAAAAUGGCGCGCCGGCUUCGCCCGCGUCGAACGUCAGCCGCGCAUCGAGAUCUACCGUCGAGUCCAACAAGCCGGAUGGCAGCCGCAAAUCUGAGAGCCCGUCGGGCGGAUCUGGCUCGAGACGUUCGAGUGUUGGUUCCGUUCAAAGCGAAAAAUCUGCUUCCGCGAGAUCUAGGAGUGGCAGUCCAAAAUCGGUAGCUUCCAACAGUUCGAUAGAUUCGCAGAAGUCACCCAGAUCGCGAUCGCCGUCACCGCGCGGUAGCGUACGUUCUUCUAGUCCAAAGUCACCUGUCAGUUCAAGAUCUGCCCAUUCAACGGAAAGGAAGUCUAAGACUCCAGCUUCUCCCGCAUCCAAUGCAUCAGAUUCGCCAAAAAGUCGCCGAUCUAGAAGCGUUUCCUCGCAAAGAAGUAAUAAAUCGGCGGGUUCCGCCAGUCCAGCGGAAAGGCGCUCGAAUUCUUCCGCGUCCUCGAGAAAGUUUGACGAAUCGGUGGAAAGAGCAGGUUCUGAAAAAUCUGAUAAUAAGAAAUCAAGAUCCAAGAGUCCGAAAAACGAUAAGAGCGAUAAUGAAUCAAACAAGUCCUUUAAACAAACAGAUCGAAGUCCAAAAUCUGACGAGAGCGAUGAAGAACGAUCAAAAGUUAAACGACAAAACAGUGGUUCUGCUUCAGGUUCAGAUGCAGAAAGAACUGUCAAACGAAUUAAACCGAUAAUAAAUUCAGAUUCUGAAAACGAGACGGCAGAUAAAGAGAACAGCGUUGCUCCAACCGCAGACGCGUUAUUCGGUGAUGCAAGUGACAUUAGCACAGACGACGAAAAGGAUAAAAAGGAAGAAGAGAAAGAGAAAGAACGGAGCCAUAGCCGGAGUAAGAGUAGAAGCAAAAGUCGUAGCAGAAGUAGAAGUAGAAGCAGAAGUAAAAGCAAAAGCAGAAGCAGAAGCAGAAGUAGAAGUCGAAGUCAUAGUCGUGGCAGAUCCGAGAGCGGUGGGGAAGGUCCGAGUCAUCGUGCCAUCAUCGAAGAUGAAGAAGAUAAAGACAAAGAAGAAGAACCAGAACCACCUCCAGAAACUAGAAUCGAUGUAGAAAUUCCGAAAAUUACUACCGAUCUUGGACGUGAAAUUCACUUUGUUAAGUUGCCGAAUUUCUUGUCCGUUGAAACAAGGCCAUUUGAUCAUGAUACCUAUGAGGAUGAAAUCGAUGAGGAGGAAACACUAGACGAGGAAGGACGAGCGCGAUUGAAGCUCAAAGUUGAAAAUACAUUGAGAUGGAAAGAAACAUUUAACGAUGACGGAAAAGUAGUGAAAGAGAGCAAUGCGAGAUUCAUCAAGUGGUCGGACGGUAGCAUGUCAUUACAUCUGGGCUCGGAAAUCUUCGACGUAUACAAGCAGCCUUUACAGGGCGAUCAUAACCAUCUCUACAUUCGUCAAGGUACCGGUUUACAAGGCCAAGCAGUGUUUAGAACAAAAUUAACUUUCCGACCACAUUCUACCGAAUCGUUCACGCACAGGAAAAUGACUAUGUCUCUGGCUGAUAGAUCGCAAAAGACGUCUGGUAUCAAAGUUCUUUCUCAAGUGGGAAUGAAUCCAGAUCAGAACAGAUAUGAAAUGAUAAAAAAAGAAGAAGAAAAACUACGUAUGGCUAUGCGAGUCCAAAACAAAACGAAGAAAAGUACUAGUGGUAUUAGGAACACUAACCGUACCGCGGGAGCAUAUAGUGCCGAUGCUUAUCAUGACGAUGCUUCCGAUGAUGAGGGUGCAAUCUCUUUGGCAGCCAUAAAAAAUAAGUAUAAAAAGGGAGUCGCAGCAAUUCCUUCUAAAGCUUCAAAUAUUUAUUCUUCGGAUGAAGAAGGAUCAGACAUUGAAACGCAUAGGCCCAAAAAGAAUUCUAAAGGAAAGGCACUUAAAGAUUCAGAUGAAGAAUCUAAUUCUGAAACAUCUGCAGGAAGUGGUGGAGAUGAUAAUCAAGUUGACGAUGCAAGUGAUUAAAAUGUAUACAUACUUUAAAAUUUAGUAAAUAAAAAUCUUUAUAUGAUA